UUGCGUACUUUGACGCGCAGGUUUUUCGCCGGGCGCGGAACCUCCGUUGUUCCAAGUCACCGAAGUCAUGACGGUUAUAACUAAGAUCUCCGUAACAACGAAGCCACCAACACCACCACCACCAGAUAAUGAUGAUAAGAGUUAUUUUAUAGGCGACCCGUCCGUUGGAGUCGAUGAGGAUGUCAUCGUAGCAUCCAAGAAGCGGGUAAUUCCUAUGAUAUGUGUGGUGGUGUUAUGUUCGCUGCUCUUUGCCUGUUCUUCCGGCCUGGUGUUUCUACUGUACGAGGGUUAUUCCCAGUACAAUGCCACUCCACGCUACACAGGCUACUGCAACAUCCCUAUUGACUUGCUGCGGCAGGAGAACUUAGGACAAGUGUCGCGCGAUCAACUAAUUGAGCCGAACUACCGCGAACACCACAUCCCUCCUCUCACUUGGUUCGCCAACCCGGACGUGCAGAUCUUCAGUACCGAUGAAGGAGCCGCAGAUGCCUUCGUCAAUUCUCUUCGCGAGGAGUUUGACGUUGGUGGUCGUAUCGAAAAAAUUCGGGUUUUCGACAAUGGCAAAACUAUCAGCUUCAUUCACGACUUUGAAGACAACGUUACUGGCAUAAUAGAUCAAGACCGGUGCUUCCUAAUGGACCUAGAUCCUUCUCUGGUCCUCGAUCCGGAGCUACUAGUAUUUGCGAUCCAGAACGGUGAGGAGUUCGACCUGACUCGUGUACACACCACCCUUCGGGCCCUUAUUCCGGCACUGGUUGACCUCAAUCACAAGGCUCGCGCGCUGGCUGAGCGCUGCAAUGUCAAGCCUACUUACCGCCUUAAGAACUCCGGACCUAUGAUCCGCAAGCGUUCGCUCGACGCCCCGCCGCACGACUACAUUCACUUCGCGGGCAAACACAUUCAAGAGAUUGAGAUCGCCAAUCUUGGCGAACUGCUACAACAUGAGCAGGACAUGUAAUCCCUCAUUGCGUUUCAAGAAACACCCCCUCGAGUUCAGCGAGUAUUUGAGAUGGGGAUGUGUCUUAACGUAUAUAAGAACAUGAUCUGAAUAACAUCAAAAAAGCUGUAACUUUUUAUUUAAUAGUGGUAGUGAGAAUAUUUAAUGAUAGAUCUAUAUGCGAUCGCCACGGAGUUUCUUGCCACUUCUUCUCCGUGGAACGCUUCCGAAGUGGUGGUCGAGUCAAUAUUUUUAAGAACAAAUAAUAGUAGAUUUUUAGCUAAGAAUAAUUUGUGUAAAAUAUAAUGGAAUUGCGGUUCCAAUGAGGUAUGUGAGAGGGCCUUUUUGUUCAUAAUCUCGACCUGGAUACCUCCACCUCUCUGCCUACAAACAAAGUGGUGGCGGUAGAACGCACUUAAAUUUUCGGGAAUUUAGGUUUUUUUAUAUGUAUUAUUUUUGGAGUAUCAUUCAGCGUUUCUCAAUCUUUAUUAAAUAAGGGCCUCUGGAAGUUAUUUGUUACACUCCCCGUUGCCCACAGUCUUUAGAUUGAGAAACGCCGACACAAAUUUUUCUCUUGAAUAAAAUGGUUUUGUUUUUGAAAUCUAAAAGGCAGGAACAGAGAAAAUUUUUCUUUCUUUCGCUUUUUGAUAUAUAUGCAAGAAUUUAACAACAUAACACUUCACUAACAGUUAUUAAUAUUAUUGAUAACUUAUAUUGCUAAUAUGGGUUAUAAUUAUAAGUCUAAUAAUAAGUCACUGGAAUAUUGUUCAACGUCUCCCACUUUUGAUUACCUGGGGACCUUUAGGAGUGCGGCAGAUUCACUCCUUGGGGCCCACAGCUCUUAAAUUGAGACACGCUGUCACGAUUCCGGUCCUUUUGAUAAUCAUGCUAUUUAUUUUAGGCUAAACUAGUUUUGACUUAGAAAACUAUGUUUACUAAUUCAAAACUAUAUAAACAUUAAUCAACGUCGGCUCCAAAAGAGUCGUAGUUGUACAAGAUAUUUUUAAGUAGUACCUAAGAGUAGAUAUGUGUGGGCCAGAUCAUAAAGCAUGAAUGUAAAGUGUACUUUAGAGUGUAAAGUUAUGAAAUAAGUGCGGAGAGUAACGACAUUGGUUACAGUGAAAGGACAUUUAACAUGGAAUAGGAUUGCAAGAUUGUUAAACAAAUAGUAAUAAGUACUAGGCUAAGCACUAAUGAAUGAAUGAUUAUUGACAUUUACCUUAAUCUUGUUUAAACAGUUAAAAAAAUACAAAACUACCCUAGUAUAUGUUGUACCUAUAGGGUGUAUCU